AUGAAUGAAUUUGUAAGACCAUAUCUGAUAACAAUAAAUGCUUUCUUAUUUUCUACAAACGAAGACCAUAUCAAGAGGAAAUCAACACAACAAAGUGUAGCUGGGUCCCUGCCAUCAGCAAAAAAGCUCAUACCAAUACAGAAAAAAACAUCGACACAUGUUGUGACUGCAUCAGAAAUCGAAACUGACCUUGAGAUAGAUGACGAGAGCACUGGCGCUGCUCUUAACAAUACUUCUCAAGACGACCAGACGUAUUAUAAUGAACUUGGGUCAUCCACUUGUAAGUCAAAAAUACCCAUUAGUCAGCUCGUCAUAUAUGUGGAUGGAAAGACUCAUGAGGCCUUCAGGACAGAAUUUGAGAAAUUUUCCAGUGGUCUAUCAAAGCCAUAUGUUGAAUCACAGAAGAAAGAAAAUAUAAGUAAGAAUCGAUACAAAGGAAUUUAUCCAUACGAUGACUCAAGGGUAAAGGUUAGAAGCAGUUGCGGAUCAGACUACAUAAACGCAAGCUUUAUUGACGGGUAUAAAAAGCCGAAGCAGUAUAUCGCCACAUUAGGACCAAUGUCACAACAAAUAGGAGAUUUCGGCUUAUUUUGGAAAAUGAUUUGGCAACAAAAGGUUGAGAAGAUUGUCAUGGUUACCAACCUCAUUGAACAGGGAUCCCCUAAAUGCGAGCAAUACUGGCCAAAUCCUGGAACUACUAAGAAGUAUGGUGAUAUAAAAGUUGAGAGCUGCUCGGAUGAUGAGUAUGCUGAGUUUACUAGGAGAGUUUUCACAGUGACUAUGGGAUCGGAGGAAAGGACGUUGUAUCAUCUUCAUUUCACGUGUUGGCCAGACAAGGCAAUACCAGACGAUGUAACUGCGAUGAUAGAGUUCAGACAGCGUGUUCAGAGUACGCCGAGUACACUGAAUGGACCAACUGUUGUGCAUUGCAGCGCAGGUGUCGGGAGAACAGGCACCUACAUUGCUUUGGAUAUCCUGACGAAAGAAGGUGAAGCUGAGAAAGCCAUAGACAUUUCUGGGUGUGUCCACAAAAUGCGUCAGAAUAGGCCGAAUAUGGUUCAAACAAUUGGGCAGUAUCAGUUUCUACACACCGCCGUGGUUUAUUCACUUACAUUCGACUGCAAACAAAUCAAGGGAGAAAACUUCAACGAGUACAUGAACAGACACUCAACACAAGUACUAAAUACUCAGUUUAAGCAUCUGCAGCAGACGCUCGAAACACGAUCUAAAGAUGAAACAGAAGCAGUGGAGCGAAAUAAACAGCACCUGAGCAAAAACAGAGCAAACGCCGAUAUCCCGGGAAAUGAAAACCGGCCAAGACUUUAUCUUCAUCUAAAACCAGGAGCGCCAGAUUACAUCAAUGCUGUGUACAUUCACAGCUUCAGAAUGAAGAAACGCUACCUGGUAGCACAAACUCCACUUCCAGAGACGGUUAUUGACUUUUUGACACUAGCUGUCCAAGAGAGGUGUUCGUGUAUCGUCAGCUUCGAAGCUGACAUGGACAAACAAAAGAAUAUUGGAAUAUACUACCCUGCGGCCAACCAAGAACUUUUGAAAAAGGGAACAUUCCAAGUCAGCUGCUCAAGAGAGGAAAAUAAAACAUUUUACGCAGAACGAACAUUGACAAUACAGCACAAAGGGACGAGCACUUAUCGAACCAUUCCACAUCUUCAAUUUACUGACUGGGAUGAAAUGGAGAACAUACCACGGUCGGCUACAAACUUCCUGUCAUUUCUGAACGUGAUAGAUAAUGUCAUGAAACAGCAAGAUGACGGACCGAUAUUGGUCCAUUGUUUUGACGGUGCGGGCAAGAGCGGUCUGUUCUGUGUGGUAUCGUUGCUUCUCCACAAAAUGGCGGUGGAACAUGAAGUUAGUGUACUUAACGCAGUAAGGAAGGUCAAAACCACGCGGAGGCUAGCGAUACCGAAUCAGGAACAAUUUGUGUUCUGUCAUGGCUGCGUUUCGGAAUAUCUUCGUUCUUUCGACGUCUACGCCAACUUUAACGAUGAAACGGGGCAACCUUAAAGUGCUGUCCAGUCGGCUGCCGAGUGUAAAACUGGAGAUAUUUAAGGAUAUAGACAAUCUAAAUAGUAGUAUGAGUGUUUGGCGCAGUCCAUUGUACACACAUUUAUACAAAAUUAUGCAAUAAUUGAAAGAUGACAGAUGUAAGUUAAACUGUUAAAUUCAAUUUAUUAUUGAAUAUGUCUUAUUAUAUUUGAGCUAUAAACAAAACAUGUCCCGUAAAUGUAUUGCUAAAAAAGGUAAACAAGCUCUAACUACCACUUAAGCGUUCUUUAUAAUAAACAUCAACUAUAUUUACUUUCGUGAAAUGUUUACUCAUUUACAGUACAUGUAGCAAAAAUGUAACUAUUGCUAGUUUCUAUUGAACAUAAAAAUGCUAGUAUGUAUGGUUGUACUUUAUUAAAUGUUAAAACAUCAUUCGUCCUUAAUUAUCGUACAUGUUGCACAAGAUUCAAUUAAAGAACAUUUAAUACGUUAGUCAUUUGGAUUUUAUUGAUAACACGCGCACCCUAAAGUUCUAUACAUCAUAAUACCGACGGGAGUUCAUCAUACAAGGAAGUCUUCAUGAACUACAAUAGCCAAAUAGAAGCAAACGUUACCAUGUCUUCUGUUCAAUAUAAAGUAUUCAAGUUCAAUAUAAUAUGUCAUUAUAAUAUAUUUUUGUUGAGAUACAUCAUGACAAAUCUAAAAACAUAUUUUUGACACCAAUUCUAUCAGCAUAACUCAUGUUGUCAUUUUAAUAGCUAUUGAUUUAUGUUGUUGUCUUCUUUGCGUAACAUCUUUAUACAAUAUUUUUGCAUGAUAUUUCAUGGACAGCCAUAUGUUCAGCUUAAUUUUUACAUUUCACAAUAUUUUGAUACGUGAAUAUUGCUCCUAAUAACAAUGCUUUAAACGGUAAUCAAGAUUGAUAUGAAAUGGUAAUAUUUUAUACUCGUUUUAAUGUUUUAUACCCAUUUCUUUUGCAGAAACAAAUAUUAUUAUGCAUUGUAUAACAUUUGUAUAACGACUUUCACACCGAUCUGCAAUACCAGACGCUUGAGUGAAUUUGUGAUCUUUCUUAUCUCCCUGCUGAUUGUUAUUCAUAUAUGGACAUAAUAGGGCGUUAACAGUAACUGGAAGAGAAAUUUUUGACAUUAGAAACACACUAAAUUAUAGUGUGCAUCAGUUGGUCAGAUCAGCCCAGGCCACCUCAAACACUGCCAAUUUUAUUAAAAAAACAACCAUAAAACCUAACGAGGUAAUCCAAUUAUAAUUUGAUAUCAUAAGUGUAAUCACUUUUUUUUUUCUUGGAGAAAUUUCAACAUUAAAAUCAGUAUUAGGCUGGUCAGCAUUACUUUAAAUUUGGAAGCAAAAUAUGACUUCAGGCAUCAAUUUUGAACAUUAUUAGGACGAUCCAAAUUAUACCUGGCUUUCACGUUUAUGUUUUUUUUCGUUGCACAGAAAGUUAUACUGUUGGUAUAAAUUGUAUUGCCUUUUAAGUUUUGAUAAAUAUCUAUAGGAGACAUUGUUGACAAUGCUCAUGUUUUGAAUAUAGUGUGAAGAUCGGCUUUAUGAUUAAAUGUCCUUCAUUCCUUAUAUCUAGCCAUUACAGUGCAGUACAACUUCUCCUUAACUGCUCUUUU